AGAGAUUAUUUAAAAAAACAAGAACCGGACAAAUUCACGGGAGUAUUUCUCUAUAAAAGUGAGCUAGACGCAGAACCCUAGUCAAACACAGGACGGUGUACAAACGUUGACACUAGUACUCAAAUCUCAAGCGGCCAACACGUGAAAUGGACUCGAAGGUUCUCCUCUCCGCUCUUCUGCUGGUCAUCUUCAUUCAAUUUUCCUCGCAGCAGGCCCUGGAUUCCUGUUCCCUGAGACCAGAUCCAGGAAUGUGCAAGGCGUUCAUGCCAAGGUUCUUCUACAACCCUGAAAAAGGCGACUGCGAAGAGUUUAUUUACGGCGGAUGUGGCGGGAACGAGAACAGGUAUGAGAAGAUAGAGGACUGCAGGGCCGCAUGCAAGUAAUCCGUAACAGGGGAACUAAUUCAUACCCAAGGCCUUCUACAGUUCCUGCUGUCUAUUCAACAUGUUAUUGUGAUUUUAAAAUGUAUUUCAUGUUUUUUCAUGACCAAUAGUCAAUAUGUCAUUUACAAGAUGAUUUUUAAUUUUUUAUAGAAGAAUGAAUUAUGUUUCUGCUAGUCAUGUUACCAUGUUUUAAAGUAAUAUAUUAUGUAUUUGAGGUGAAAGAUUUAAGUAAAAAUUGUGUACCUAUUGUUUUCAAUGUUGACGCUGAAAAGUUUCGGACAUGAAAAUAAUGGUUUAAACAGAAAAAAAAGUUCCUGUAGUUUUUAACAAUCCUGAAAGGAAAUUACACUAAUGGUAAAAUCAAAAGCUUUUUUUAAAUGCUUAAUUUGAAAAAUGAAAAUGUCGCUGUUUUUGUAGUGACCUUUACAAAUCUCCUAAUGAAAGAUUUUUUUAUUUUACAAAAUAUGCUUUUGAUGAAACUCACUGUAUACGUAUCUGACUCAUUAAAAAAAAAUCUAUUUUGUUUCUAUUUAAA